AUGACGGCCACACAAGCGGACAAAGUGAAUAAAGAGUAUGCUCGAGAGGACAAGCAAAAAGAAAGAGAUCUGGACCAAAUUUGGCGAAAGGGACUAGCUGGAGGGUUGGCAGGAUGUGCUGCUAAAACAGUCGUAGCACCUCUAGAGAGAGUAAAAAUCCUUUUCCAAACCGCUCAUUUUGGGUUCGUGCGGCAUACCAAGGACUGGCUCGGUUUUGUUCAUGCCAUUCAAGCUAUUCGGCAGCAUCAUGGGAGCCAAGCACUAUUCCAAGGCCAUUCAGUCACAUUACUACGAAUUUUUCCCUAUGCUGCUAUCAACUUCCUUGCCUAUGACCAGAUUCGAGCUACUCUAAUCGCAUCUCCUCAUCAUGAAACUCCUUUCCGUCGCUUGAUCUCUGGCAGUCUGGCCGGUGCUAUAUCGACAUCCUGCACAUAUCCCUUUGAACUCAUUCGGGUACAUUUAGCUGUCCAGACUAAAGAUGCAUCGUUGGUUGCUACUUGCCGAGAUAUUUACCGCGAUGGUGGACUUGCCAGCUUUUACCGGGGGUAUGCUCCCACAUUAUUAGGCAUCUUGCCUUAUGCGGGCACUUCUUUUUUCACCCACGACGUGAUUGGAGACUGGCUUCGUUCCCCAAAGUUGGCCCCAUACACUGCCCUUGAGCCUCCCAAUGAGAGAAAGACCGGCAGUAAGCGUCUUCAGUUGACUGCAGUUGCAGAGCUGACCUCUGGUGCUUUGGCUGGUUUGGUAGCACAGACGGUUUCCUAUCCCCUUGAGAGUAUUCGUCGACGUAUGCAGGUUCACAAGAGGGAUUUACAAAAUGGCCGUCGACCAAGUAUUGCUCACACAGCUCGAACUAUUUACUUGGAAAGUGGGUUGCGAGGUUUCUAUCUGGGGCUGACAAUUGGCUAUAUCAAAAUUAUGCCCAUGGUAGCGACGAGCUUUUUCGUUUACGAUCGUAUGAAAGGAUAUCUUGGUGUGUACUAG